CCUAAAAGCUUGUUUGCAAACACAGCGGCGAGCUCCGCGAUGGGCCGACACGAAGACGACGACCACGCGGCGGAAGAGGAGCAGGGAGAGGAGCGGCCCGCCUCUACCGUCUCCACAGAGAGCCUCCUGGCCGCCUCGGUCGACGUCGAGGAGGAGGAGGGAGCCCACGGAGGCACGCAGUCUUCCCACCGACUGCUGGCCUACAGCGACGCGCUGCUCUCCAUCAUCGCCACCGUCAUGAUUCUUCCCGUGGCCCACACCAAGAUGGAGGAUGACAAGGAGCUGGACGAGAACCUUCAGCUUCUGCUGGGCACCAAGAUGGCCGUCUACCUGAUGACCUUCCUCAUAGUCACUGUGGCCUGGGCGGCGCACAUCAGGUUAUUUCAGGUGAUUGUUCGGAUCGACGACACUCUGGCCUUGCUUAACCUCGCAUGCAUGAUGCUGAUCACCCUGCUGCCGUACACGUUUUCGCUGAUGGCGACCUUUCCUUCGCACAUCCUGGGAAUUCUUCUAUUCUGCGGCUGUGUGAUGGUCAUCGGCGUCAUUCAGUCGGUGAUCGUGUUGUAUGCCUUCGGUCGUCCGUUCCUGCUCCAGGAUCAGAUCAGAGCGAGUGAGGAUCACUCGGUGUACAAACGUCACAUCCUCAAAGUCCUCCUCAGGGUUCCUCUCAUGUGUCUCUUGGCUGGACUUUGCUCGUUCUUCUGCUACCAGUUGUCGUACGCGUUGCUGGCUCUGGUCAUCUUCCUUCCGUACAUCUCGCGGGGUGUCCUAUGGUGUCGGGACAAACUCCUCGGUCCUGUGGAGGAGGAUCCGGAGCAGGUGAUGUUGUACAGCUUCCUGCCCAGUGAGCCGCUCAGUAAGGAGCGUGUGGAGGCCUUCAGUGAUGGCGUCUACGCCAUCGUGGCCACGCUCCUCAUCCUGGAUAUUUGUGAGGACAACGUCCCCGAGCCGGCGUUGCUGCAGCAGCGCUUCAACAACAGCCUGGUGGCGGCGCUGGGCUCGUACGGGCCCGAGUACCUAGCUUACCUGGGCUCCUUCGCCACCGUGGGCCUGCUGUGGUUCGCGCACCACUCGCUCUUCCUGCAGGUGUCUCGGGCCACACGCGUGAUGGGCCUUCUGAACACGCUGUCUCUGGCAUUCGUCGGCGGCCUGCCGCUGGCCUUCCGGUUGACUCAUGAGCUCCCUCGCGCCGCGCUCCGUGAUGAGCGGCGCGCCGUGCAGGCCAGCUGCGUGCUGGUCUUUGGCGCCGGCGUGUUCCAGCUGGCCACCUGGGUGGCGGCGCUGCAGGGCGGUGCGCGGCAGACGCUGCGGCCGGCCGUGCGCUAUGGCGGCCCCGAGCACAUCUUCAUGCUGGCUAAGCUGGCACUGUACCCGGCAGUGGCCCUUGCCGCCUUCCUGCUCACGUGCGUGUUGAGCCGCUUCAGUGUCACCAUCUUCCACCUCAUGGAGAUCGCCACACCGCUCGCCUUCCUGCUGCUCAGGUUGAUGGUGCGAGUCGCCCUCGCACUGCUCAGACGCCUGUUUUGUCCUCAAAGGAGACAACCGGAAAAUGGCGAGGAAAACAUCACCUCGAGGGUGCAGUUUAACCCAUUGAUAAUCUAGUUGUUUGAGUACUGUAAUUUCUCGUGUAAAAAUUGUCAAAAGUCAGUAGUGCGCUUUUACAUAGGUAUAGGGGAAAAUGAAAAAAAGUUGCACAUUUUAUAAAUGUAUGCCGCAAACUAGAGGUUAUGUAAAAGCUGUACACUUUCAUUCCAAUAUGCCACCACCACCUAAAGGUUAUGAGAAAGGUGUAGCCUACCCUUUCAUCACAAUAUGACAUGGGUACGUAUGACUGCAUAUAUGUAGAGUUGUGCUCAUAAGUUUACAUACCCUGGCAGAAUGUUAAUUAUUAUUAUUUUUUUAAUAAGACUAAACAACAACCACCAUUAAUUUAUUUAUGGUUAUGUUUUGUUUAAUGAUAAUGCUUUUCUGAAAUGCCUGAGUUUAAUUUGAAUCCCAUUAAAAUGAAACGCGUUUCAUCUGGCCCUUGAUGUUUUCUUUAAAGAAUUGUACCCAUCUUCCAAAUUCUGCCUGGAUAAUCAAACAUGAGCACAACUGUGUGUUUUCUCAUUUACUAAAUAAAAGUAGCAUUUCAAAAUAAGAGCAAGUAAAUGAAAAAGUAUUACGUGUUCAAAUAAAGUGCUCAACUUCAGAAUAAUUUUUUGAAAAAAACCAACAAAAUACAGAUAAUACUUCAUGUUUUGAUCAUAUGGGAAGAAGCAGUCUUGCAUUGUAAAAAUGCAUUACACAUAGGUUGAAGGGUUUUCCAGAAUUUUUAGGUCAACUUUAACCCCCAAAGUGGGUACGCUUCAUACACGAGAAAUUACGGUAGUAUGACGCGCUAUGCAUGCCUAAUAAAUUUAAAACAAUGCGCUUUGUAACAUUUUGGUGCUCCAAAUCGUUGUUUUAACAUUAAGCAGUAUCUACGUUAAAACAUUUAAAUGUUGUCCAUUUUCGUCACUCCAAGAAAAGUCUUGACAAUGGUGAAUGGACAAAUAAGGCCUAAAACGCUAAAAAGGAAAUUUGAGGUGGGAGAUUUGUUUUUCAUUAAAUACGUAAAAUAUUAGAAACAACUGACUGACGCGUUAGUUAACUUGGGCAUGCUAGCUAAAUUGAAAACAUCAGUCGCUCUAAAAUUCCUAACGGUGGGAAAUGGAGAUAAAAGUAAAAAAAUAAUAAUUCUGACAUUAACAAAAAAAAAGGCAGAGAAAUCAGUUUUUAAACAUUUGCUCAGGCGAACACGACACAGUGCGCCAGUAACUGUUUUAACGCUAAGCAGUGCCUAUGUUAAAAACAUUUUAGCAAAUCAGGUCACAGAAAAUCUGUUUCGAAAAAGUAAUGACAACGAUGAAUGGCGGGAAAAGAUGUAAAACACAAAUCCAAAAAAACACGCAUAAAAAGAUCUGUUUUUAAAAAUGGUUACACAUACAUGACUUGACAAGCUUGUUAACAUGGGCGUGCUAAUAAUUUCAGAGAUGUUAAAAAACGUUUUAAUGAUGUCCAUUUAGCAGAUUCAUAAGCCAGAAGAAAGUCACUUCAGGAAAACUUGAAGAUAAUGAAAUGAUGUAGAAGGCUUAAAACACUAAAAAUUUAUUUGUGAUGGAAGUAUAUUGUCCCCCCCCCCCAUAAAAUUAAGUCCAAAAAAUGUCUCACUAAAUAUAUUUCCAAAGGUGCAAUUGACACCAUAUGUUGGGAACAACCCAAGUAAUCAAUGCAUACAAAGAAAGUAGAACAAAUAAGCUAAGAAAUUAAAUUUUGUGUAAUAAUGUGAAAUAAGGCGGCACGGUGACCGAGUGGUUAGACCGUCUGCCUCACAGUUCUGAGGACCGGGGUUCAAAUCCCGGCCUGUGUGGAGUUUGCAUGUUCUCCCCGUGCCUCCGUGGGUUUUCUCCGGGUACUACGAUUUCCUCCCACGUCCCAAAACCAUGCAUGAUGGGUUAAUUGAAAACUCUAAAUUGCCCAAAGGUGUGAAUGUGAGUGCGAAUGGUUGUUUGUUUCUAUGUGCCCUGCAAUUGGCUGACGACCAAUUCGAGGUGUACCCCGCCUCUCGCCCGAAGAUACCUGGGAUAGGCUGCAGCAUGCCCGCGACCCUAGUGUGGAUAAGCGGUACAGAAAUGUGAAAUAAAACCAGGAAAACGUAUUGAACACGCCAACUGGUAUUUAUUUAAAAUACUUUGAACAAAAGCCUUUGUUUGCUAUGACAGGCUCAAGAGGCCUCCUGUAUGGAGAAACUAGUCGCAUGCAUUGCUCUGGUGUGAUUUCGGCCCAUUCCUCCACACAAGCAGUCUUCAAAUCGAAGGUUCCGUGGGCUUCUUUUAUGGACCUUGAAUUUCAGUUCUUUCCCUAGAUUUUUGAUUGGAUUCAAGCCAGGUGAUUGGCUGGGCCAUUCGAGCAGUUUUAUUUUGUUUUCUUUGAAACCAAUUGAGAGUUUCCUUGGCAGUAUGUUUUGGAUCAUUAUCCUGCUGAAUUGUCCACCCUCGUUUCAUUUUCAUCAUCCUCGUAGAUGGCAGCAGAUUUUUGUCACGAAUGUCUCGGUACAUUUGCCCAUUCUUCCUUCCUUCAAUAAAGUUUGUCAGCACCAUUUGCUGAGAAGCAGCCCCACACCAUGUUCCCACCUCCGAACUUCAGUGUUUUUAGGGUGAAGUGCAGGGCCAUUUCUCCUCCAAACGUGGUGUGCAUUAUGGCAUCCAAAGAGUUCAAUUUUGCUCUCAUCAGACCAGACUAUAUUCUCCCAGCAUUGAACUGGGUUGUCCAAAUGACUUUAAAUGAGCUUUGACAUGCUUUAUUUUCCCAGUAAUGUGGUCUUGCGUGAUGAGCGUGCAUACAGGCCAAGGCAGCGGACUGCAUUACUCACUGUUUUCCUUGUGACAACAGUACCUGCUACCGUUCAGAAGCUUAGCUUAUGCGCCUGUAACCUAUGCCAUCGUUAUGUCUUGCAACAAUUAGUUAGCGGUGGUCUUGAGACAGCUCUUUGGUCUUACCCAUCAUGAGAUGUCUUGACACACCUCGGCAAUGAGAACUUUUUGUAGGCCAUCAAUUAGGACUGAACCACCUGAUAUUCAUUUGCACUUACAAGGGGCUGGAUUGCUGAUAGAUUUUAGGUGUUGUCUUGGCUUUUCAUGCCUUUUUGCACCUCCCUUUCUUCAUGAGUUCAAUACUUUUCCCUCUGACAUUUCACAUUAUGACACAAUUUCUGAACUUGUCUGGUCUACUUUCUUUGUAUGUAUGGAUUACUUGGGUUGUUCCCAACAUCUGGUGAAAAUUUCAGGUCAAGAGCACCUUUGGAAAUGUAUUGAGUGAGAAAAAUGUAGUUUGAUUAAACACAAAGAUUAUGAAUGCUGCUUUCAUGACCAGGACCAAGAUAGAUCAUUUCAAAAGUUUUUUCCUGUUACUAACCUAGUUGGACAGAACAUGACACUUGUUAACAUCGACGCACCAGUCACCGUCUUGUUUUAAGGCUAGGCUACAUUAAAAACAUUUUAACCAAUCUCAAAUCAGAAAAAAGUCACGGCAGUGAUAAAUGGAGGCUAAAGACAUAAACCCCCACAUCAGAAUUUUUAUGAAAUUUAUGAAAAAUCCAUAAAAAUCUUGUUUCUGAAAAAUAAAAAAAACACUUCUAUCACACUAACUAUCAUGUAUUACAGCGAGGCUACCCAAUUUCAUCUCUAUUGGUGAACUUGGUAUCUUUGCUGAAGAACCUUUGAACAACGUACUAAUUAGCCUUGGAAUUCACCAUAAAUAGCCGCUUUAACCAAAAAUGGCUUACUUCCUAUUCAAUUCCGGACCUGGGUCUUUGAGACUCUUUCGUGCGUCUUGUCACAAUAGAUAUGUCCACCAAAUUUUUUGUCGAUUGGUGAAAAUUAAGAAUAACUGAUACACUGAUUAAUGAAGUAAUAAAAAUGUCACUAAGCCAUAAUAAUGUCAAAUUGCACUUUUUCUGUUGUUCCAGUUAAAUAGACCACAAAUGACUCAAGAUGUCAAAGAAAGCACUUUAAAUAUUAGAGUAUAUAAGAGUAUUAAUACUUUUUUAUAUUAUUAAGUCUUCUUUUUAUUGUUACGAUUGAGUAGACAAUUGCAGCGUUAGCUUCAGAAAUUUGUGUUUAGGCAUCUGGAAUGUUCUUCACAAUGAUUGCGUUGCUUAAGUACGAAAAACCUGUGUGUGUAAUUUGUCAUUUUCUAAAAUGUCUACAUAUCUGUAUUUUCUCUUUGUUCUGUAUAAACAUUUUACAACAACACCCAAUAAAAAUGUUUUAAAAUGA